UCCGUUACUUUCUACCAAGACAGCAUCUCACACAUGACCUUCAUUUAUUUUGUAUUCGUUUGAAAUUAGUAUGCAUAGGCAGCCAAUAAAUCCUUUUAAUUCUGAACAUUGAAUCCGGUUUCAAUCGAUGUAGAUUAGCUUAUGCGCAACUCAGUUAUUAAACGGAGGAGGAAACACAACAGUCGGAAUGAGAGCUUCUUGGACUCUGUUGCUGUACAAACCACCGGUUUCGAAGAAGACGAACAGAUCCUCUAACAUUUUCAAGAUCUUCAGAGAAAAACCGUUCUUAUCGUUUUGUGUGAUUUUUAUCAUUGCCUUACCAAUCAAAUUCUACUUCUACCCUGCUGACAGAAUGUUAGAAGGUAAAUACAGGGCAAAGGUUCGAGAACAGGAAUUGAAAAAAGCCAAAAAGAACACCCAGUAAAACGUUGGUUGCAGCGAUGUCUUCUAUUAAACCUGAAAAACCAAGGGCAUCUGCCUUAGAGAGAUCGACGGUAGCCAAGUACCGAGACGCCUUCAACGUCCUGCAACAACUUGUUUUGACGUGUAGGACCCCUGAAGGCCGGAUUAAAAUUCUGCAAAAUACGAACGGUGGGAAUAAAACUGUGACAACUAUGUCACAAAGACUGUUGCAGGCUCUGUCAAUUACCAAGCCAGUAAUUCAGCUGCAAGUCUCAGCAACCCAGGGGCAUUUAUUGACAUACAAAGAUGGUGGAUUGUUUGUGCUAGGUUUUGCUAGUACAUUAGUUCAACAGUCUUUGGAUUCUUCUAUAAACCCUGUUAUUUUAGCGGAGAUAUUUGAAGCCCUGUUGACAUUUUGUACUUGUCACAUGGAAAGUUUGGAAUGUUCUUUUAGGUUUAAGGCUGCUAUCGCAGAUAUACAUUUUAUGGUUAGCUUCGUUAAAAGUGUGAUUCAACCAAAAAUAGUUACUUCAUUGAAUAAUGAAGAACUUACAUUCAUUGCAAAACUUGUUCUUGAGGUGUUUUUGACUUGCAUUAAUGAAGGCCAUGCCUAUAGCAUAAAAGAUAGUAUCAUGACAUUGUCACAGGAAGGAUGUAAGGUACUGGACAGCAAAGUAAUGCCAGGGGUUGUGAUACAUGCUCCUGAAUUGCCGCGCUUUGUUCAGAUGGAUCUUACACAUCUGGGUGGUAAAUUGUACGGCUGCACUGAUAUCAGAUGUGUCAUAGUAACAGCCUCUAUGUCUGGCGACUACUCAGAGCUAGACAAUGUGGGCUACACUGCAGACAGCCAAGUUGGUGUAGAUGAAGAAUGUGUUGCCAACUUGGAAGCAUUUUGUCAGACCCUGGUAUCGUGGGAGGUGAAGCUACUGCUGUGCCAACGAGUUGUUCAUCCACAGCUGAAGGUCUACCUCAAAGAGUGUGAGGUUUUAGUGGUGGACAGAAUUGGCCUGCAGCCUAUAAAAUACCUUGCAGCUGUCACGGGUUGUGUACCAAUCCAGUCGGCAGAUGUCGACAUCCCAGAGAAAUAUUUUGGUUGCCUUGACAAGGUGCAGCAUAUUCACCUGCAUGGCAAGAGUUAUCUGCAGUUGACCAGGGCCUGCAAACCAGUUACCUCCCUUUUUCUGGGUCAUCAGCAUGAGCAGCCAUUACAGGAGCUUGUGGCUGUGUGUGACUCUGCCCUGGCCUCUCUGGAGAAGUUGCUGUACGAACCCCACGUGUUCCCUGGCGCAGGUUGCUGGCAGGGACUUCUGGCACAAGAACUGCAGUCACAUGUUUCCAAAGAACUCGGUAGUCUAGUAAAGGACAUGGAGUGCCCUCCUCAAUAUAUAACAGAAGCAGCUGACAUAUUUCUCCGCAGUCUUUUAAUUGCUGCCUUGGGCAACCCUUCCCUGUGUGCCUUAAACAGUCGCACGCACCACGUGCACAGGUCAUCUGAUGUCUUUGCCUCCCGCACUGACAGUUGGGAGACAUUCAGCAGACAAUGUCUAUGCAAUUUGACUUCCAGAGAAGAGGGUGAUAUAUUGAUCGAUAUUUCUUCACUGAUUUCAAUAAGUAAACGCAACACUGAGAGUAGUCAACAACCCAGUAGCAUUUCAACAGGACAUUCAAACUAUAACAAAAUUGGAGUAGAAUUUAAGUCCGGUCAAUCCACUAUGAGUGUUAAUCCACAUCUUCUAAAGCAGAAUAUACAAGAUUCCUCUGGAAAGAAAGGUUCUAUGAAAACACAAAUUCUAGGGACAGCAGGGGAAGGUUCUUUAUCUGCGGUUCUUCCUCAAGGUCAAGGUCAUGUUGUUAUGGACAGCAGUGCCAUGUGUAUUGCUGGGCUGCAGACUGCCACUUUGUCUGCCUGCUCGCUGCUCAAGAUCGGGCAGAUCCUUGAAAACUUCUAGACAGAACUUCAUGUGCGUAAAGUGUCACAUUAGCCUGUGCAGUCCACACAGGCUAAUCAGGGACAACACCUGCUUUAAUGGAUUUUUAGCUCAUCUAUUUUUUGAAAAAAAAAUUAUGAGCUAUUGUCAUCACCUUGGCGUCGGCGUCUGCGUCGGCGUCCGGUUAAGUUUUGCGUUUAGGUCCACUUUUCUCAGAAAGUAUCAAUGCUAUUGCAUUCAAACUUGGUACACUUACUUACUAUCAUGAGGGGACUGGGCAGGCAAAGUUAGAUAACUCUGGCGUGCAUUUUGACUGAAUUAUGUGCCCUUUUUAUACUUAAAAAAUUAAAAAAUUUGUGUUCAGGUCCAUUUUAUUCCUUAAGUAUCAAAGCUAUUGCUUUCAUACUUGCAACACUUACUAACUAUCAUAAGGGGACUGUGCAGGCAAAGUAAUGUAACUCUGACUGGCAUUUUGACAGAAUUAUGUGCCCUUUUUAUACUUAGAAAAUUGAAAAUUUGGUUAAGUUUUGUGUUUAGGUCCACUUUAUACCUACAGUAUCAAAGCUAUUGCUUUCAUACUUGCAACACUUAUUAACUAUCAUAAGGGGACUGUGCAGGCAAAGUUAUGUAACUCUGACUGGUAUUGGACGGAAUUAUGGGCCCUUUAUACUUAGAAAAUUGAAAAUUUGGUUAAGUUUUGUGUUUUGGUCCACUUUACCCCUAAAUUAUCAUAGAUAUUGCUUUCAUACUUGGAACACUCGCAAACUAUCAUAAGGGUACAGUAAAAGGACAAGUUGCAUAACUCCGGAUGUCAUUUUUAUGGAAUUAUGGCCCUUUUUUGCCUUAGUAACUUUGAAUAUACGGUUAAAUUUUGUGUUUCGAUCCACUUUACUUCUUAAGUAUCAAGGCUAUUGCUUUCAAACUUCAAAUACUUUCAUGCUAUCAUGAGGUUACUGUACCUGGCAAGUUGAAUUUUACCUUGACCUUUGAAUGACCUUGACUCUCAAGGUCAAAUUACUGUGAAACCAUUAUUAAUCGUCGGGCAUUAAUUUUCAUAAAUUUCGUCAGUCGACCGAUCGGCGAAUUUAAGAUCCUAACGAACAAUCAUGCUCUAUGUUUGAACAAAAACAAACACUGAGUUGAACAUUAUUUUAAAUCUUUACCGUAGACAUGAGGCAUUAAAUUCCAACAUAAUCCAUGCACACAUUCACUGCUGUUUCGUAAUCAAGAUUAAUCCGGUUUUGACACAAAGGGAUGUAGAUUACACAAGGUGCUUAACUGACACGUUAUACUUCUUUAAAACGCGUGUGCAUUACAGCUGUAUCGAAUGCGUUGACUUCGUUUAUGUAGAAUGGUAAUGAAUUAGCGCUAAUUGUUUAUAACUUUAUUACCCAUUAGGUGCAUUGUGUUUUUCAGGGGUGUUGCAUAUUAGCCAUCACGCAGCGAAUGCCGAUGAAAAACAAUAAACCAAAUGAAAAGAUGACGAUGUGUGAUCAACAUGCGUAUUUAUCACAAAUAAAUAAAGAAUAUUUUAAUUGCUGUUUGUUGUUUGAUUGUUUGCGUUUAACCACACUUAUAACUAUUUUAAAUGUAUAAAUUUAUUUAUUUUAAAAUUAUUGAUUUAUAUACCGGUAGUUUACUUUUUAAGAACAAACACACAGAGUUUAUAAUUUUAAUGUUGAUAUCAGAAUAAAAAAGCAUUUUAUUUGAAAAAAAAAACACUUAACAAACUGGAACCUCUUUCGUAUAACACAAACAGUUUUAAAACGGUAUUGACAGCAUUUUGAUAAAAAUCAUACCAACUAGAAUAACGAUUGUUAUCAGUAUGGCAAUUAUAAUAAUAGAAAAAGACUAAUGGGCAAUUGGCUUCGUUGUUACAAACACUCGUUAACGGUUAUUCGAUCUCACUUGUCCGCUAAUCAUAACAAUGAACGUGUGAAUGGCAUACAUUAAGAGGGUCCAUUACUGUCCCUUGAUAACAAAAGACUAGUUAAUUGGCAUGUGACAAACAGGCACCACCUCCUGCAGUGAUUCUCAAGUGUGUUCCCGCAUUCGUAAGAUUUAUCGCAACUGCGAUUGAUCGCGAAUAUGUAUUACACACAAAUCGGAUGUUGACUGACGCAUUUUGUUUAAAAUUUAAAAUCAGAAAUCGGCGAAUUUAAGUGCUGACGAAAUCGUCAUUUUUAUAAAAUUGACGAAAUUUUGUGCUGUCGAAAAUAAAUGGUUUCACAGUAUUAAAUUUUGCUAAAAUGGCCAUAACUUCUUUAUUUAUGAUUAGAUUUGAUUGAUACUUUGACAAAACUACUCUUACCUGACAUACCACAAUAGACUCCACCCAAAUCAUCCCCCGUGCCUCCCCC